AUGUCAAAGACGCCGAUUUAUCUUAUUUCUGUCAAUAAGACCCCAGAACGAGCAGCUUUGCUUGUAGGUCAGCUCCUCGACAGUCUUGACAACAACAAUCAUGGCAUUGUCCAUAUUGCAAAUGCCUCAACGCUCCAAGAGCUUGAAGUGGUAGUAGAUACCCUCGUGUAUCCUCCUGGGAUUUUGAUUUGCUCUAGUCAAUGGACAGCCGAAGAACAAGAUCAGGCAGUUACGAUUGCAAAGGCUUCAUUGUCAAACAUCGGCGUCAUCACCAUUCCUCCAGGACUUGAUGUACGUGAAGGCAGUGAAGGAAUCUUAAGUUUUCUCAAGGGCGCAAUUCAGAAUUUAGAAGUAGCGGACGAUAGCAAAUAGUCGAAGUAAAUUAUAUGUUUUUUUAGGUGGG